AUGGAUAUAAAAAGGCAGCUUGUUAAGAAGCCUGAUAGGGGGAGUUUCUUACUUGAUCAUAAUAAUGAAUGUACGUCAAUAAAAGAGAAAUAUUUGAAGUGUUUAAAGGAAAAUAACAAUGAUCAUAUUUGUUGCCGAGACCAUUCUAAAGAAUAUUUCAUAUGUCGCAUGGAUAAUAAUUUAUUGGAAAGGCAAAGCUUAAAUGAUUUAGGUUUUAUUGAACAUGAAGAAAAAAAUGAAAGCCGAAUAAAAAAUUUUAAAGAUGUAUAUAGUUACAAUAUAUAUAAUGAAAACAUGGAACGUAUAUCAAGAAAUACACAUGAUAAUAUUAAAAGUAAUAAUUUAUUGUUGAAUGAGAAUAAUAUGUUAUCAAAAUUAAAUAAGAAUGACCAUAUAAACUUUGUGGAUAUAAAUGAAAAAAAUGAUAGGAAUGAUUUUAUUCUCUUGGAUAUUAAUAAUAAGGAAAAUACAAAUAAAAAGAUAAAUACAGACGAUUUAAAAAAUUCAGAAAUUAACGAUGAAAAAAAAAUAGCUAUAAGAAGAAAAGAGGCUGAGGGUUAUUUAGCUGGAAAGGAAUAUAUAAAGACUUUGUUGGAAAAAAAACAAAAGAAGACAUUUUUUUUUUUAAAUGAAAUAUUUAAAAGUAAUAAUGUUUGA